AUGCAACUGCCGAAUUUGCAGACGUGCUGGAUCUGGGCGAUCGGAGGAGGAAAGGCGUGGGCGAGGCCGCACAGAAGAGAGGGAGUCUCGAAUGGAACCGCGUUGAACAGGGGAACGCCGGCGAGUUCGGGGGCCGUCAUCUUCCCCGUCAUGACCCAGGGUCCACUACCUCAACCGCCGUCGCUUCCGUCCGAAUCCAUCUCGGAACCGAUCUGCGAGGAGGAAUUGAACGGACUCUGCGUCGACGUGCGGUCCUACCCCUCGCAGUUGGUGAACGCCGCCGUGAGGAGGAGGUUCACGACGAGGGACCAGGAGAAAGCGGUCUUCGACAACGACCUCGAGGACGACGAGAUCCUCUCCGACGUGGACCGUCCUCCCGUCGACACCCGACUCGGUCCCUCCGGCCUCAUCCCCGGGGAAGACUUCUACACCCAGGAAUCCCCACUCUGCAGAUCCGAGGAGCGAGUGAUAUACCCGAGGGCGGGGAGGACGAAGGAGGGGAAGAUGAAGUUUCUCAUCAACGAUGAUAGAUACGUUCAGGCCGUCAGGGUUGAAAAGUGCUUAUUCCCGGGGAGGCCGUGCAGAUUGGGUCUCGAGAUUCCCCUGGGAUUCCAGACGAUCUGCAGGCAGAAGUUCGUCUUUCGAAAGAUGCUGGCCCUGAACGAAGUGCACGGGGACACGAUCACGGACUUGUUCAAGAUUCCCUCCUGCUGCGUCUGCUAUCUCCAGAACAGCAUACAGCUCAAGUCCGGCAUUUCUUAGAGAGACUCUUCGUCGUUCGGUUCGUGCAAGUGCUUUAACGAGAGUGUGAUAUAACGUCGACCGGGCGAUGAGAAAAAUCCAAGACCGGAACCGUAUCAGUGAGUUGAAUUUCGUCGAUGACCUGUAAUUGACUCGAAAGAUUCAGUCGAAGAAAAGCCUUUUUUUGACAUGGAA